GCCACAAAAGGCAACAAAAGCCCCAACCCCUCCGCAAGCCGCACGGCCGUGGAGCCAGCGGCAAAACCACACUAAAAUCUCGCCCAAAUCAACGUCGACCCAGCCAUGGCGACCUCCUUCGGUUUCGGCGGCUCCGCGGCUGCGGGCUCCACCGCCUCCUCCCCCUUCUCCUUCUCCCAGCCGGCCGCGGCCUCCUCCCCCGCCCCCGCCCCCGCCUUCGGCUCCUCCCUCUUCUCCGCUUCUUCCACUCCCGCUUUCGGCUCCGCCCUAUUCGGGGCCUCGUCCGCCUCCGCCUCCGCCUCCGCAUCCACCGCCGCCGCCUCCCCUUUCGGCUUCGGAUCCACCGGUUUCUCGUUCGGUCAGUCCACCGCAGCCGCCACCUCGGCCGCGUCCGCGCCAUCCCUCUUCGGCGCAACGGUCGCAUCCUCCGCCGGAACCACACCUAGCUUAUUCGGCGCCGCCCCCUCUGCCGCGAGCACAGCUAGCCUCUUCGGCGCGUCCGCCACCGGCUCUGCGGCGACCACCCCGGGCCUAUUCGGCGCCACCUCCGCCGCCGCGACCACCCCGGGCCUAUUCGGCGCGACUUCCUCUGUGGCGACUACCCCGGGCCUAUCGGGCGCGACUUUCUCCGCGGCGACUACCCCGAACCUAUUCGGAGCAACCUCCGCCGCGGCGACGACACCUAGUCUGUUCGGCGCCACCGCCACCGCUGCGUCCACGCCAAGCCCCUUCUCUGGCGCCGCCACAGGAUUCAGCUUUGGCUCAUCGGCGUCCGGCUCCACCGCUACCACGACCGCUGCCUCGACACCAUCAUUCGGCUUCUCGUUCAGCUCGGGAGCCGCCGCGUCGACCACCCCCUCCACCCCUACUUCUGCACCGGCUCUAGGGUUUGGGGCCGCCACUGGCUCGUCGCUGUUUGGAUCCACCACCUCCGCGCCACUCUUCAGCAGCAGCACCGCCUCAUCUCUAGCAACUGUUGGGACCACCACGCCAUCAUUUGGCUUCUCAUCCGUGCCAGCAACAACAAUCUCUGCCCCGGCGUUUGGCUUUACGCCGUCAUCAACGAGCACAACGACGGUGAACACGGCUCCUGCUUUGUUCUCGGCUGCUUCCUCGGCCCCUGCCUUCUCCUUAUCUAAGAGCACAUCGGCCACUCCUGCCACACCAGCGUCCGGGCCCUUCACUGGCUUCUCCUUGGCCACCUCGCAGGCUGCAGCUGCGCCCUCACUGUUCCCUAGUACCAGCGCAGCUGGUAGCUCGUCUGCUAGCACGCUUGGCUUCUCGUUUGGUUCUUCUUCAGCAGCUUCUAUACCAACAUUUGCUUCUGUUUCUGCGACUGGUGCAUCCACUUCACCAUCAGCUACUGCAGCCCCUGCAACAUCGGGGUCAUUGUUCUCAGCUGCUUCUACUGGUGGAUUCAGUUUUACAGCAGCACCAUCAUCGUCAUCAGCAGCGGCAGCUACAGCCACUACCACCACUGUCACAAGUGUGUCUACAUCUGCAGGCAUGACGACCACGGCAACUGGAACUACAGGGUUUCCUAGUUUUAGUCUGCAAGCAACUACACCAGCUUCUACAUCAACUCCCACAACUCAGUCAGCACUGUCAUUUGGUGUUUCUACUAGAGCUGCUAGCACAUCAGCCACUAGCACCAGCACAAGUCAGGCAACUUCCUCAGCUGUUCAAGCUAGCAGCACAGGUCCUUCUACUACAGCUAUCACUCCAGCAGCGUCCCAAGCACCUAAGCUACCAUCAGAAAUUGUUGGUAAAAGUGUCGAGGAGAUUAUUAGGGACUGGAACAAUGAGCUUCAAGACCGUACUGCGAAAUUCAGGAAACAUGCCACUGCAAUAACUGAAUGGGACAGGAGAAUUCUGCAAAACAGGAAUGUUCUUAUAAGGCUUGAGGCUGAGGUGGCUAACGUUGUUGACACACAAACAAGCUUGGAGCGGCAACUUGAGUUGAUAGAAACUCAUCAGCGAGAGGUAGACAAGGCUCUGCAGGGCAUGGAGGAGGAAGCUGAACGCAUAUUCCAGGAUGAACGGGUGUUACUUCGUGAAGAUGAAGCUGCUUCAGCACGAGAUGCAAUGUAUGAACAAGCAGAAGUUGUGGAGCAUGAAUUGCAACAUAUUACAGAACAAGUAAAAUCCAUCAUUCAGACAAUGAAUUCUACUCAGGGUGGUGAGCUUGAGACUGCUGAUAGUAUGACACCAUUUGAUGUUGCUGUCCGGAUACUGGAUAAUCAACUUCGUUCUCUGAUGUGGAUUGAUGAGAAGGUUAACGAGUUCUCUGGCAGAAUACAGAGGUUGCCUAACAAUAGCGCUUCAGUUGAACGAGACUCCGGAAUUCCGAGAUUUUGGUUAAGCUGAUUAAGCUUGAUGUUCUGUCAACGCUAGUGGACAUGCGGUGCUGGAUUGUUACGCUGCGCCACAGCGAAGUUUCUCACCAUUUUCUUCCCGUUCAAGUACUUUAGUGACAUGUACUCAUGUAGCUUUAACGUGAUGCAGUCUGGAAGUCUGGAUUAUUCAAUGUCCCUUAGAUUGCUGGUUAUAUGAACUCUGCUUCACAACAAA